CAGCAGCGCAGCUUAUGACGACGAGGCGGGAGCCCUUGGCGGUGGCCUAGACUAUGGCGCUGGUCAGUUGGUCAGUCGGUCGCGGAGUCCCAGCAUCUUCUUGGAACCACCCACACCCUCGCCAGAUCCCACACAUGCCCACUUCGGACCCGGCUGGGGCCGGCCCAUGUCGCCCAUGGAUCUGCCGCCCGAGAAGUCGCCAAGCAGCUGCGUGGGACCCGGGGUCAGUGCUGGUAGGUCUCCAACGAGCAAGUCCCGGCUGCGACCCAAGCUCCACCUGCCUCUGGGGCGGCUGGGCCGCUCCACGUCCUCGGACACGCGGGAGAGCAACCGAUUACGUGAGGACGUUCACGUGCAUGUGGAGAACCCGGUGUUCAGCAGCGAGAACCUGCGCCAGAACAACUUCGAUGCAUUCUUUGAGGCCCGCGAGCCCGUCAUUAAGCUCCAGCCGCGCACCCCCAGCUCGGCACCAGCGGAGGGGGGCCGUGGCUACUCGCCGCCACUGGAGGGCCGCGCGGGUGUCUACGACUCGCCCCGGACGAGGAGUCCCGCUGGAAAGUCGGGGGGCGGCGGUGGCCUCUUUGCCCGUUCCCCGCGUGAGGAUCGCGAUCGCAUGGCCAACGCUCGUACUCGCAGUGCGGAUCAGUACGAUGGGGCAACAGCAGGGGGAGCGGGUGCUGGUGCGGGUGCUGUGGAAAGGGGAUCCAACUCUGCAGGCGGUGGCGGCGGCGGUGGUUCGGCCGGAGCGCACUCCAAAGGUGACAGAUUCUUCGGUAAAAUCUUCAAGUGGUCGAAGAAAUCGUAAGUUCUUCGGGUGGAGGGGGCCACGAGGUGGUUCCCUUAGCCCCCGGGCCGGCGGCAGCAUGGCGUCUUACGGCGGCGUGCUCAAGGACUACAGCCACAGCAGCUUGAACGAGGCUUUCAAGUCCCAGAAUAGUGUCAACUUUAAGUUAAUUAAAACAGUAUCCGAUUUCACCGAAACGCUUUCCCAACUGUAUGAGGAACACGCAACUGCCCUACAAACUUUAGUGUCCAAUUAUCGCAAAAAGAAUGUUGAGCUGCGCAAAGAAAGACCCGCCUGCCACUUGGCCAUAUUUCAGGCAUGGGAAUCAUUCCUGCAGGAGGCCGAGACCGAUUCGCAGGCCUGCAACGAUGUGGCCAGUGUCCUCUCCCGACAGGUGUCGCGACCAAUGUUGGACAAGUCCUUUCAUCGCAAAGUUCAAAGCCGUAAAAUAUUUACACACAGGGAGUCUUUUGAGACUAUUAUCGCAAAGACUGAAGAGAAGCUGUCAAAGUGCCGGAUGGACUACAAGCAGUGCCACAUGGCCCAUCGACAGAACCCCAGCCAGCACUCGCUCACCGAAUACAUCGACGCACACAAUGCGUACGUGCAGCAGCUGCAUGCCACGAAUGGAAUGCUUGAGGCCUACCACUGCGACACUCUGCCACACCUGAUGCAGGAGCUGGAGGAGAUACACAAUGACCUGUCCGGCAUUGUUUCCGAUUCGCUGUUUCAGGGAGCCGAUGUAAUUGCCAGCAAGGCUAGCGACCAGGCCAAGCGCUACAUCAGCCUGACCAACCAGUGCAGUGCGGUCUCGCCGCCACAGGAUCUGGCCAACUUUGUGCGCCUCCUGGCCCAGCCAUCGCAGGCCCAGAAGGUUCCUCGGCGGCCCUUUGCUCCACCCCAAGGCGAGCCAGGCGAGGAGAUGGGCGACCAUAAUGAGAUGACCCCCAACUUGCGGAACGAGCUCGUCUUUGACCGCCACUCCACACUGUCGCAGCGCUCGGCCCUGGAGUCACUGAAGCGUGAGGCCAUAGAAUUGGAAUUGCAGAUACGUCAGCUGCAGGACGCCAUCGAUGCACUGAAUCGGACACAGACGCGUGGCAUUGAGGGGCAGCUGUACAACAAGGUCAACGAGCUGCAGGAGGAUUUAUCCAUGAAGAAGUUUGACUUGCGCGCCAAGCAAAUCCAUUUGGCGGCCAUACGGGCUCAGAAGGAGCUGUUCGUGAGCAAAGUUGAGCCUACGUCGCCGCGCAACGAACGCAAAUUCUCCGCUGCCACAGCGCCAUCGAUGAAAACAAAGUGGCUGAAAGCAUUUAAGAGCCUAAAGCCUGCUGGUUCUGGUUCAGCACAACAAGCAGACAGCCAACCACCCCGACAAAAUCAAAUGUACCACGCUGUAUCAACCGUUUUGACUUUGAGGCGUAAUGGUGCCUCCAGCACGGCCUCCGAGCCGCUGCGCCCCAACCUGGACGGGAGCCACCAUCUGCAGGAGUACACGUACAAGAAGAUAACGGCCUGCGAUGCCUGCUCGCAGAUACUGAGAGGACACACGCGGCAAGGCCUACGCUGCCGCAUCUGCAAGCUGAAUGCCCACGGAGACUGUGCCCCGAAUCUGCCGCGCUGCCAGCCCAAGCAGAAGCUCCUGCGGCGCCAGAAGAGCACCUCCGAGCUGGAGAAUCGUGUUGAUGUUGAGGAGGAAACAGGCGCCGACAAGUCCGUCCAGGCCAAGGUGCUGGAUGGCAGCUUCGUGGGAGGCUCGAUCCCCGGACCCGCGUUCACUGAGCGGGAGAUGGUGCCGGGCCUACGGCCGGCGGAUAUACCUAUUGUCAGUGUCUCCGAGCUGGCCUUGCAGGAGCAGGAACAGCAGCAGCAACAGCAGCAGCAGCAGCAUCAGCAGCAGCAACGAAGUUUGGCAUCGGUGGCGCAGGCGGCAGCGGUGCGGGCCGGACGGGGCGUGCGUCCGCCGCCCGUGGCCAUGCCCAUUCUGGGCGUGCAACUGCAGCAACAGGAGCUGCAGCAGCAACGUGGCGGCCUGCCAGUGCCCACCCAAGAUAUAUCGAGUAGUUCAGCACCGCACUCACCGCGCCGGCAAAAGUUGAACUUACGCAUGAAAUCCCUGAGCCUGGACUCCCCCGAGUCGUCGGAGCUGCACGGCCAAUUCCGGCGGCGUCCGCAGCUGCCGGUGGCGGGCGCCUCCACAUCAGCGGCCCCCGGCUACUAUCACGGCGGAUCGGGAGGCCACCUGGAGCACAGCACUCCACCAUCGAACAACAGCCGUCUGCACUCGCCAUCGAGUCCCUCGCAUACGGGCCGCAAGCUGUUGUAUGCCACACGUGGCAUGCGUGGUGGCAGCGUCGAUUUACCGGAUGAAUUGGAGAAGUCACAGUCCUCGGCCAGCACUUCGCCAUGCCUCUCACCAAAAUCGCAUCGUCUGUUGCCCACCAACUUGUACGUCAUCCUCUACAACUUCAAGGCGCGGCAUCCCGACGAACUCGACCUCAAGGCUGGCUAUAAGGUGACUGUCAUUGACACAUCCGAUCCGGACUGGUGGAAGGGCAAGGUCCUGGGACGCGUUGGCUUCUUUCCAUCCAAGUACUGUGUGCGUCUGAACGCCAGUGAGAAGCCCCUGCAGGUUACCCACAAUCUGCAAGUGUCCGAUGGGGAGCGCAGCGACAAGAUCACGCUACUGAGAGACCAGAUUGUCAUACAGGUCGGCGAUGAGGUUAAUGGUAUGUGCAUGGUGCGCUCAGCCGACAACCGCCAGGGCUACUGUCCGGUCAAGUAUCUGCAGGAGGUGUGACAGCCAGAAGAGCCAGAAGAUGAGCCGCCUUCUGACGAGCGGAAUAGGCCGCAGAAGUCGGCGUUGCAAACGUCGUCGAGGACGACGGAUAAGACCAAGCGUAGGAUUAGAAUUGUAGUUAACGAUAAUAGCAGCUUAGCCGGAAGUAGUAUCGCACCUGCACCAUCCCACACCACCUAUUCCAAUCACCAGAUCCCGAGAGAAGCGGAGGCCGAGACGAAGCGACUGAACAUCGAUUACGGCGACGAGAGCAGUGCCGACUGGGAGAAGGACAAGGACGUACUCAUUUUGUCCGGGCGCCGAAACAAAAACGACAAGAACUGGGAGAACUGGGAACGGAUCCGCGAGCAGAAGCUGGAGAAGAUGAAGAACAUCUGCUUCGAGAGCUACCGCCAAUCAAAGCGGGACAAGUUGCAACAGGCAAAGCCGCGACCAAAGCAGCUCGACUCCACCUGGUACACGGACAACAUCUACUCCAAUCGCUCGGACGACAUGGAUGAGGACUAUGUACCGGACUGUAUCAAGUACGGCGCUUACCGCCCGCUCCGCGACAUCAACGAGCUAGACGAAAAGUAUCCGGACGAGGCAGGAGUCAACCGGGAGCGGCGCGGCGAGGGCGAGGGCUCCACGGGAUACGGCCUGCAUCGCUCCAAGAGCUGCAAGGAGUUCCAGUACCCCAAGUCGCAGAGCUGGUGCUUCGAGGGCAACGUUUUUGAGAGCGGCGGCGGCGUGGCCAGUGGCAGUGGCAGUGGGAGUGGCCCAGCUGCUCCGGCCACCACCUCCAUACUGAAAAAUCGGUCGGGAGUGCCCAAGUCCUACUCGUUCAGUGCCAGCACCAAGACAAUGCCCUUCGACAUCAUUGACUACGAGCUGCCACCCGCCUCGAACACGCGGCGAGAGAAGCGCGAAGCCUACAGGCGCAACAUGCACAUGCUGUACAGCAACAGCCUGGACGAGCGAACCCUGGCCCACCGGUGUUGCGCCCGGGACCAGUGCACCAGCGCCAGAUGCCUGCUGGACGACAUCUACCCGGGAUCAGGAGCGGCAGCCAGAUCGCGGGGUCGCGCCCCAUCCCAGCAGUUGCUGGCUGGCAGCAGCAGGAAUCUGAAUCUGAACGCAGCGGACUGGCUGUUCGAGGAGCGGGCAGAGGCCGAUCACCGGGCGGGGCGGGCUCCGAGGACGCUGGCCCCCACCGUGAUAUGUUGCUGUGCUGCGGACGAUUGCUGCUGCCACCGACAGCCACAGCCCCAUCUGGUGGUUCGACCGCGGUCCCGUGUUCACUGCCCCGGCCACCAUCCAGCGGCAGAGGAAGAGGAGCACAUGCACUGCCGUUACGACACCGAUCUGGAGCACUUCAUACGGGCGGAGCGCGAACGUCUGCUGCUGCAGGACAAGUUCCUGGACGAGGACGAACGGUACUUGGCCGCGGCACCUGCUCCCCGCAGCCCAGCGCGUCGGUACCCCAACUACCAGCGACCCACACGCAGCAAAUCCCUGCUGGAAAUGGAGCCAUCAAAUCUGUUCGAUGACGACACUUGCUCAGACACAACCGAAAUCGACCUGGAGGACUUCAACAUCGAUCUGGAGAAGUACUGGGAGCAGCUGGACAAGCCACCCAGCCCCAUCAACAUGGACAUGCGGCGCAACAUGCAGAGCAGCCUCAAGGUGAAGAACGUUAACGUGAGGUGCUACAACAACGGACAACCCAUCGACCUUCACGACCGGGAGCACGAGCGCCUAAUGAUCAAGAAGUCCCUGCUCGAAGGCAUGCCCUCGCCGCCGCAGCUGGACUCCAGUGAGUCCUCCAACAAUGCUGGAUAUCCUUUUUUUGAGAAUGCCGACACCCCCUCGUUCCAUCACCUCUCUGGACCGGGUCGUGCGCCCGCCUAUGUGCCUGCGCCAGGCUACGGGCACAAGAUCUACCCGACCGCGGACGUCCUACCCUCGUACCAGUACAAUAACUUCUACCCGGAGCACAGUCACCCGACCGUGGGCAACGUGCUCACACAGCAGCCCACAGCCGGCAUUCACCAUGCCUCCGCCGGCGGCCACUCGGCCCUCAGUCUGAUCAACAACAUCUUCUCCAUCUACAAGCCGAACAAGUACUCGCCGGAGAACUGCCAGAUGAACUACGAGAGCAAGCCGGAGCCGUGCAAGAAGAUGAACGUGCCCAGCACCCGGCGACCCCUUGGAGCGGCCGCGCAUCCCCACCCGCAUCCCCACGAGUACAUGCACUCCUCGAUGAAGCGACCCCUGCUGGUGAGUGCCGACCAGCCCCACUUCAAGAUUAUACCCGAGAAGACUGGCCUCAAGAUAUCCCCUCUGCUCAGCUACGAUGAGUACGGCGGAGGCGGAUGUGGAGGCGGAAGCAUCGACAAGUCGCAUCAUAGACUGAGCAGCACGGCACGGCCUCUGAUGCUUCCGCACUGAUGGUGCUGGACCUUUCCGUGGUAUGGUAAUGGCAACUAUUGUUAGUUAUGCUCCCAGCGACUGCCUGAACAACUCUCCAGAAAUCCAGAAGACUCGCGAACAGCGGCACGCAACCCAAACGCACACGUUCCUGAGUCCUGCCCCAACAGCAGCUCCACCGACAUUCGUUGCCGGUCGGGAGCUGGGGCUAGGUGUGGGGCUCGGGCUCUGGCACAUCUGUUGUGGCGCUGGCAGCAAUUCGAGUGCGCCACUUCCUCCUCAACCACCACUCGUCGUUGUCGUCCUCGUCCUCGUCCCCGUCGCCUUCGUUCAUUCGCACAAUUUGCUUUUGGUUCGGCAAUGGGAGCAGGGACAUUGUUUCAUUGAUUGAUUCAUCGUUGUCGCAGCAACUGACACUCCAGCAAAAGGAAAUCCAGGAACAACAACUACAGCCAUACCAUUGGAAAACAGCACAAAAAAAAACUACAAGAACAUGACCAAGAACUUAGUCAAGAUUGUCGAAUCUAGAGAUGGAAAUGCCAGUGUGUGAUUAGGUAUCGAAAGAUACAGAGGGACCGACAAAUCGACAAAUCGACAGAUCGCUUAGUCGGUCAACGCUUACGGAUAAGCAAUGAAUGAAUCCUCUUCUCUCUCUUCAAACGGCCACUCACUCGAACAGAACAAACACACGUAUAUACACAUUACAUGUACAAUCAAUGUGAUUUUAAUACGAUGAACAUCGCUAGAGAAAUCGCAGCACAUAGCCAGCAGUAUACCCAUACAUAUAUAGGAAUGUAGUUCAAUAACAGCAAAUGACAGAUACACUAACUUUUCGAGCAACUUUUAAGCAAUCAGCAGCGUAUUUUCAAUAGAGAUACAAAAGAAUACAUACAUACAUAUUUAAGGCAGAUACACUUGCAUGUGUACAUAUGUGCAUGUGCAUGUGUGCAUAGGCUAAGCAGUUAAUAUCGUGUUUCAUAUUCAAGUAUGAGAACCUAUUGUAUGCCCUACUCUGUAGCAGUUAAGCCGAUUUUAUUAGUACUGAAGCUUCGAAAGAACAUUUACCUAAUGAUCGCUCUCGAUAGGGAUACUUUUUGGCAUCGAUAUUGAGAUAGUUUUUGGAAUACGAUACGACGAAAAUACGAAAAUAUGUAUGUAGAUGGGAGAUGAUGUGUACUAGGGAAAACCGUUUUUAUUGUCACGAAAUUUUUUCUAUUUUUUAUACCAGACAACUUUGAAGCAACUAAACUGAGGGAGCUAAUAAAAUCGCUAGGAUUGUUAAGGAUACAAGCUUUUCGCUACGUUUGUAGAUUGCAUUGCAGCUACUAGAAGGGAUUAUACAAAGGACAUACGUUUGGCAAGUGUGUGGCUUGGACCCGACAAAAGCGCUUUUAUAAACUAACUAGAUUUGUAUAUUAAUGUGAAACAUUGAAUAUGAUAAAUAUGAAUUGUACUUUUAUGAUGUAUGCGUAUCCACUGGCCUUAUUUAUUCAGAAGUAAGCAAAUGAGCAACCAAUGAGCUGAACUCACCCACACAAACACUCGAUCGAAACGAGAACACACAUCUGCAUCUGCAUCUGUAUCUUCAUCUGCAUCUACAUCUGUAUCUGCAGAUAAAGAUGCACACACAGCACACACACAAAUACAAUUACAAUUGAAAUUUUCAGCAAGUAAUACUCGUAAGGCUUCGCGUCGAUUUUGUUAAUUGUUUUUUGGCGUCCAAUUUUAAAUGAUAGACAACUAGUGUAGGGCUCAAGACGAACUAUACUAUCGAGUAUUUGUAGCAUGUAAGCAAACUAAACAGCAACACAGAACCUUCAAAGAAUAUUACAUUUUUAGCGAAAGCGUAAGGAUUCUCUUACGGAGAAGCAGACGAUUUUGAAUUUGAAUUUAUUUUUAAUGACUUUUGAAUACAAGCUAAACAUAACACAGGACGUUUUAUCAGAGAUCGGUUUUUAUCUAUGUAUCAAACGUGUUCUUGAACCACAUACAACAACUAGUUGCUAAGCUAAUACCCUAUGGCCUAUGACUUAGAUGUAAGAAGGAGUAUUUCCUAGCCACGGUUGCCACUAUUUCGCCUAAGCUGCCAAAAGGGGUCGGGUUUUUGAAUCCCUUUUGAGUCACUCUGGUCCUUUUCUUCUACUCGGUGCUCGUGGGGUAAAAGGCAUAUUUCAGUGAAUACUUGGAAGAGUAACAGCAAAAGUCGAUUCAGUCUAUGUAUUUUAUGAUUGCCAAAAUGGUAUGCCACGACCAGAUCUCCUCGAUCUCCGCGGAGGAGUAAUGGAUUAUGGAAAAAGUGAAUAUGCAGGCCAAAAAGUAUUGCCCGAAUUUGAGAACCGCAUUUUUGAAUCCGUGCAACGAACAAACGAUCCCUUUUGGCUAAACAAAUUUUUGUCAAGUGGCGACAAAAGACACAGACACAGAUACAAACACUGAGACAGACACAGAGACACGACAGACGGAGAUGACAGGAGAACACGGGGAAUCUGCACAACUUAUACAGAUGUAAGAAAAUAUCCAUAAACUGCACCCAAUUAAUUAUACAAUAUACAUAUGUAUCGAGUAUCAAGUAUUUAUGAUCACGUCUAGCCACUAAGAAAGCAUUGUAAAAUGAAUGGAAUCGAUGAACACGAAAACGCCCAAAUCUUAUGAGUAUGUAAGUAGAACCGGAAACUAGAAUUCAGCCCGGAUAACCGCUGGCACUGCGACCCUGCGUGCUGCGAGCAUCAAAACUGCUGAAAUUGGCAAUUAAGUAUACAUUAACAUACACACAACACCAUACAUAGUACGAUUAUGUAUAGUACAUGAACGUAGUAGAACUUUCGAGUCAACUAAACCAAACUUGCAACCGUAGUGCGACUUUUUGCCAGCUAGCGAUACCGGAGAGCCCAUCGAAGGGAUUGGUUUUAGUUUUUGUUUUGUCUUGUCUUGUCUCGGAAAAACUGCUUCACGUUUUUAGUGUGUAAAUUCGGUUUUAGAUACAUAUAUGUAUGCGAUUAUACGAUUACCAGUACGAUUCAGUGUGUCGCAGGGAAGCGAGGCUUCGGUGUUCCUCCGUUUCAGAGGACUAGGGACUACGCAACCGAGCUUCCUGAGGCACGGCACAUUCAUAGACAUAGAAGAGAUUGGGUAGCUAGCGGAAAAUACAUACAUACAUACAAGCAAACAAUACGAGUAUCUAGAGAAAAAUAUCAGAGUGGUAAUAGAGUGGGUGGUAAUAAUCAGAGCAACGUUAGAAUAUCGGUAAAAAUAAUAGUUAAACGAAAAAGAAAACGAAAACGAAAGAUAAACUCAACUCAUUUAGCACUUGCAAUUAAAUGUGACAAAACACCCCUUCCCCAAUCUUUCCCCUGAGCUGCGACCUCCCUGAAAUGCAAAUAAAACAGAUGUUUAUUCGAUGUGAA